GGACAAUAAGGUUUACCAAAAUAUCCUACGAACUAAGAACAUGUCCCAAUCAAGCUUCAUGAACUUGGGUUAUUUUGUGGAUCUUCAAGGCAGAUGGAAGAUCCUUCCAGUUGGGAAAUCUCGGGAAGAUAGAAAAGCCAUGUGCGCCGACUAAGACACCAUGGCCAAGCGUGGGAGCAUGGACUCCAUUGGCUCUUCUCCAGGGAAUGGUCCCAAGAGGGCUGGCUCUAUUUUGGAAGCAGGCAAAGCAGUCCCGCGCGCUGGGAGCACCUUGGCCCGGGAUUCGCAACUCGAGGGUGCCAAUCCGAGGGUCACGAACCGGCGGAACUCUGUGCGGCGGAACUCUGUGCGACGAGUGAGUGACCCUGAUCUGUCAGUGAAAAUCUUUGAUUUGGAAGCAGCAGACCGAGUCACCACCGAGGAGAAGAUGGCAGUCGCCGAACAGAUUCUGGCUGCGCUGAAGAACUUGGUUGCCUACAGCAAGCUAGCCGCGGCGCUGGCGGAAGAGAUCUAUCGGAGUGAGGAGUGGGACAAUCUGCGCAUGGUGGUGGAGUUGUACCCGAAGAGCAUCAUGGUGCAGUAUCAGGGCUUCGAGCUCAUCGGUAAGCUGGUCACUGAAAAACGAGAGCUCCGGGCGGCCUUCCGAGCCAUUGCAGACCAUGUCCUGCUCACCAACCUCAACCACCGGAACACGCCUGUGGCAGACGUGGCCGAGCUGUUGUUGGAAGCCUUGAACUGAUCCGCACGCGCGGCCGGAAUUCCAUAGUUUGCCAACCAUACUCAGAGGUUCAAGC